UGGACAACACACACCUGGACGCCAUGUCGGUCGUGGCGCAGGCUGAGAGUGAGGACGUGCAGGAGUUCAGUCCUAGCGACAUCUCCGAGUCGCAGCGUCACCUGCCGGCCGUGUUCAGGCGUGUCGCUGCCAUGAGCCACGCCCCCUUCCAGUGUGACCUGAUAAGUGAAGAAGACGAGGACACUGAUUGGUCCAAAGCAGAUGGACUUGAUGACAUUAUAGCCCCGCCCACACCCUUUAAGGACUGUCAGCCCCGCCCACUCAUGGAGUUGCUUCAAGAUGGAGCCACAGACGUGCAAGUUGCGUCUCCAUCUUCAUCUUCAUCUUCAUCUUCAUCAGAUGAGGCGUGUGAAUCCAACAGUAACGACUCAGACUUUUCUCACCUUGAUGUCUCACCUAUGACCUUUGACCCUGUGAGGGAGUCUGACUUCAUCCCCCCCUCCAUGUUGGAAGCUGGCUCCGCCCACUCGCCGUCACACACCUGUGCCGACGCUGACACGCAACACCUGGACGCCAAAGUGAUGAUGUUAUCUAAACAUUCACUUGUCUCUCUCAUCCACACAACAACACCAAGACGCCCCCUGGUGGACUGGAAGACUAUUUCAUGUGCUCACCACGGAUUCUUACUUCACCACAAGCUGCGUGCCAGCAGGUGUGGUUACCGUGAGGGGGAGGAGUAUGGCGUAGUUGGUCACAUCCACAGCGGUUGCUACGGAGACGUGUUGUGUGUGCGGGACAAGACGAGCGGCUUCACCUGUGCCGCCAAGAAGCUUCCUCUUAGUCGCUUCAAGGAGGAGGAAGUGACGGCGUGGAGCGUCCUGGACUCUCCUGGCGUCCUGCGCCUCUUUGGGGCCGUGAGGGAGGGGCCUAACGCCGUGCUCUUCAUGGACCUGAAGCCAGCCAGUCUGGCUCAGCUGAUGAAGUCCGCCCAUCGCCUUCCGGAAGACUUGGCUCUGCACUUCCUGCACCAGACACUGGGGGCGCUGCAACACCUGCACCGCUGCAAGGUGCUGCACCUGGAUGUCAAAGUGGACAACGUGCUGCUGUCCUGGGACUGCACACACACCUUCCUGUGUGACUUUGGCCAGUCUCACAUGUUGGACUGUAAAGGUUUGAGCACCAAAAGCUUUCUGGGCGGGGCCCUGCCCGGCACGGAGACCCACAUGGCCCCCGAGGUGGCAUGCGGGGCGCGUCUGAGUGCCAAGGUGGACGUGUGGAGCAGCUGCUGCAUGUUUCUCCACAUGCUGACCGGCCACCAGCCGUGGAUCCGCCGUUUCUCUCAGCCGCUGUGUCUGCACAUUGCCAAGGAGCCCCCGCCCCUGUGGGAGGUGCCGCCCGGCUGCAACGCCAUGACGGUCAAAGUGUUCCGGGCCGGACUGCGGAAGGACGCGGUCAGGCGGGCGUCGGCCAGUCAGCUGCGGAGGAAAAGCGCCGAGGCCCUCAGAGCAGUGGGCGGUCUGCGUCCUGCGUCCGUCCAACUGGCCCGUGACAAGCUAUGGCACAGAAACUCCGCCCCCUUCGCAUCGCUGGACACCACAGCUCCCACAAUGCAUUGGGUGAGUCCUUGGAGGACCAGGGCAAUGGACGAGGAUCACGACGAUGCGGAUUCGCUGGCGUCGGAGUGGGAAUGCCAGCCCAGGUCUUUGAGGGACGAAGGAGACUGGGACGCGGACGUGGACAUCUACACAGGUGGGCUGAGGACAGACCUGGACUACGAGGCUGACCGGGAGGACGAGGACGAGGACCAGGACGACGAAGAGUCCACACGAUACGUGCGAAGACUUCAAGGUUUCUUCCCCCUGCUGCAGCGAGGACGACAGACGCAUCACACCUGGCGAGGAUCAGACGCCCAAGAUGGUGUGGACAUCAGACCUCACAUGACCCCCUCCCCAGAGCCACGAGAUGACCCCCCCUCCUGCUUCAGCAGCUCAUCACAGGCCGACACCUCAGACCAGGUGUGUGACCAGGACUCGGAGCGCUCGUCCGAUGACCUCAGCUCAGGUGUUCUGUCUUACUGUGGAGACCGCACGGAGUGUCCGUGGUCAUGUGGCCCACCCUCACGCUGCUUCCAAGGUGUGGACGUGUGGAUUGAGGACGCCCAGGGGGAUUGUCUGAGGAUCAGAGAACGUCAGCUGGUCCAGGUGGGACACGUCGCAGUCGGAAUCAGCGAGCAGGUGUCAAUGGCUGCUUUCACCUUGGAGACGCUGGACAGGAAGUCGGUGUGCUGCGAUUGGCAGAUCCAGGAGGCGUGUCUGUGGCUUCGCUGUGUUCCUGCGCCCGACUCUUGCCGCCGUUGGACGUGGAGAGUUCAUGACGGCAAACUACAGCGGCGACCAUGAAGGAGCGCUAAAGAAAGGAUGCAGCAAGAAACAUGCUAAGUCUAUCAGCUAAUGUUUGAAGACGUUAGCCAUUAGCUUCACAUGCUAACUUCCUUAGCAUGUCAUCAGCUAAUGUUUCAUGACUUAUCUAUUAGCUUCACAUAGUAGCUUCCUUUAAAAAACAAUAGCUCAUGUCAUGCUAUGUUUCUUAGCAUGACAUGAGCUAUUGUUUAAAGACGUUAGCCAUUAGCUUCACAUGCUAACUUCCUUAGCAUGUCAUCAGCUAGUGUUUCAUGACGUUAGCCAUUAGCUUCACAUGGUAAAUUUCCUUAGCAUGUCAUCAGCUAAUUCUUCAUGACGUUAGCCAUUAGCUUCACGUGGCAACUUCUUUAGCAUGACAUGAGCGAAUGUUUGCUGAUGUUAGCCAUUAGCUUCACAUGCUAACGUCCUUAGCAUGACAUCAGAUAGUGUUUCAUGAUGUUAGCCAUUAGCUUCACAUGCUAACUUCCUUAGCAUGUCAUCAGCUAAUGUUUUAUGACGUUAGCUAAUAGUUUCA